AGCCAGUGAGAACACAAUGAAGAAAGCAGCAGCCAGUGAGAACACAAUGAAGAAAGUAGCAGCCAGUGAGAACACACUGAAGAAAGCAGCAGCCAGUGAGAACACACUGAAGAAAUCAGCAGUCAGUGAGAACACCUUGAAGAAAUCAGCUGCCAGUGAGAACACACUGAAGAAAUCAGCAGCCAGUGAGAACACACUGAAGAAAUCAGCAGCCGGUGAGAACACACUGAAGAAAGCAGCACCCAGUAUGAACACACUGAAGAAAUCAGCUGCCAGUAUGAACACACUGAAGAAAGUAGCACCCAGUAUGAACACACUGAAGAAAUCAGCAGCCAGUGAGAACACACUGAAGAAAAAAGCACCCAGUAUGAACACACUGAAGAAAGCAGCAGCCAGUGAGAACACACUGAAGAAAAAAGCACCCAGUGAGAACACACUGAAGAAAGCAGCAGCCAGUGAGAACACACUGAAGAAAAAAGCACCCAGUAUGAACACACUGAAGAAAUCAGCAGCCGGUGAGAAUACACUGAAGAAAUCAGCACCCAGUAUGAACACACUGAAGAAAUCAGCAGCCAGUGAGAACACACUGAAGAAAUCAGCAGCCGGUGAGAACACACUGAAGAAAGCAGCACCCAGUAUGAACACACUGAAGAAAUCAGCACCCAGUAUGAACACACUGAAGAAAGCAGCAGCCAGUGAGAACACACUGAAAAAAGCAGCAGCCAGUGAGAACACACUGAAGAAAGCAGCACCCAGUAUGAACACACUGAAGAAAUCAGCACCCAGUAUGAACACACUGAAGAAAUCAGCACCCAGUAUGAACACACUGAAGAAAUCAGCAGCCGGUGAGAACACACUGAAAAAAGCAGCAGCCGGUGAGAACACACUGAAGAAAGCAGCACCCAGUAUGAACACACUGAAGAAAUCAGCACCCAGUAUGAACACACUGAAGAAAUCAGCACCCAGUAUGAACACACUGAAGAAAUCAGCAGCCAGCGAGAACACACUGAAGAAAUCAGCAGCCAGUGAGAACACACUGAAGAAAUCAGCACCCAGUAUGAACACACUGAAGAAAUCAGCAGCCAGUGAGAACACACUGAAGAAAUCAGCACCCAGUAUGAACACACGGAAGAAAUCAGCAGCCAGUGAGAACACACUGAAGAAAGCAGCACCCAGUAUGAACACACUGAAGAAAUCAGCAGCCGGUGAGAACACACUGAAGAAAUCAGCACCCAGUAUGAACACACUGAAGAAAUCAGCAGCCAGUGAGAACACACUGAAGAAAUCAGCACCCAGUAUGAACACACUGAAGAAAGCAGCGGCCAGUGAGAACACACUGAAGAAAGCAGCAGCCGGUGAGAACACACUGAAGAAAGCAGCACCCAGUAUGAACACACUGAAGAAAGCAGCACCCAGUAUGAACACACUGAAGAAAUCAGCACCCAGUAUGAACACACUGAAGAAAAAAGCAGCAGCCAGUGAGAACACACUGAAGGUCUUGUUGAUCAUGCCUGGGCAUAGUUGCUCUGUACAGGUCACCACAGCCUUCACUCCCAAGAGGGAAAAACAACCUGGAAAGUAAUGGAAAAUGUCAAAUCUCUCCGAUCAUCAAAAUUAAAACAUUAAAAUAUCA